AUGCCAAAGAUCAAGGCUCUAACGACGGGCUCAAUCCCUGGCUUCUUGGAUCUCAUUCUUAACUUCGCCGAGUCCGAUACGACAUCUACGUUGGCGACACAAGACAAUUGGCUAGCACAGAUCAAACAGAGCGGGAAGAAGCUUAUUAUGUUCGGAGACGAUACAUGGUUGAAGCUGUUCCCUGGUAUCUUUGAGCGCACGGAUGGAACUGUCAGCUUCUUUGUUUCGGACUUCACGGAAGUGGAUAACAAUGUCACUCGCCAUGUUGCACCGGAACUCCGACAGCCAGAUUGGGAUACUAUGAUCCUUCAUUACCUUGGCUUAGACCACAUCGGUCACAAAACCGGACCUCGAAGCCAGCAUAUGAUCCCGAAACAACGUGAAAUGGACGGCAUAGUCAAGCAAGUUUAUCACGCCAUUGAAACCGAAGAACACCUCAAAGACACUCUAUUUGUGUUAGUCGGAGACCACGGCAUGAACGAUGGCGGUGGACAUGGUGGUUCAUCUUCUGGUGAAACAUCUGCUGCUUUAGUCUUCAUGUCGCCGAAACUUAAAGCUCUAGAGUCAACGUUUGCUGCGCCGGCAGUACCAAAGGACGAGUUUACAUAUUACCGUCGAAUCGAGCAAUCCGAUGUCGCGCCGACAUUGACGACUCUAUUGGGAUUACCGAUACCAAAAAAUAAUCUUGGACUCUUUAUUCAGGAUUUUCUACCGUUGUGGGAUGUCAAGGACCAGGUUAAGAUUCUAAAUACGAAUGGUAGAGAACUAUCAAGGUUAAUAUCCGCAUCAUACUCGGAUUUUGAUAGACUCCUGGGCGAGGGCAAGUGCAAUGGAAAGACCGGCCAGCUCGAUAACUUAGCUUGCAUAUGGCAUUCCGCGGUUCUGUCUUUACUGCCUUCGGAGCAGAUGAAGCUAUUUUCAACUUUCUCCAGCGAAUGUCAAGAUAUUCUUACAUCUGCUGCUACAAACUAUGAUACAGACAGCAUGCUCAUCGCAAUAAUAAUUGGUACCAUCUCUUUGGUUCUCUUCACCACCGUUUGGGUGGUAGACGGUAUCCCAGGCUCAGCACUUUACAAAUUUCUCUUCUGGGCCCUCUCGCUUUCUUAUAGUGGUAUGAUGAUAGCAAGUAGCUAUGUCGAAGAAGAACAACAGUAUUGGUACUGGGCGGCCUCAGGAUGGGGUAUAAUCCUCCUAAUCAGAGAACUCCAACGAGGAGAAACCGGUUCAAAAUCCAUGAUACUUCUCGUUCUCCUCCGACUAACCCGUCGCUGGAACCAAACCGGUCAAAAACACGCCGGCGCUUCAGAUAUCACAAACACCUUCCUCACCAAUAACCCCACAAUUCUCUGGGCCCUCGUAUUCUUCUCCUACACCGACAUGUUUUUCCGUCUCAAACGUAAUCUAGACACAAAACACUCCGUUUUAGUGGGUCCCGUGAUGAGUAUUUCUCCAGUGGUGGUCAGUAUGCUGUUUAAACUCAGCAUGGCAGCUUUAGACACAAGGGAGUUGAUACCGUCCUACUUGAUGAAUUUGGCGGAUGGAUUUGCCGCUAUUUCGGUGGUUACGCAGGCGCAGUUGGUGUUUUCAAUUAUCCUCUUGAUAGGGACUUAUCUCGUUUUUGUCCGAAACUCGGGCAUGAGCGGAGUCAAAGUAUCCCCCCUCAAAAAACUCCAACCAUUCCACGACCUCCUCACAGUCUUCAUAGCCACUCAAUCCCGCCUAACCAACAUCCCCUUAAUCUGGUUCUUCAACGUAAUGCUCCUCCUCCUAGACGACAUGAAACUCGAUUCUCUCCUACAAAUAACCCUAACCGUCAUAACAAUGCAACACGUCUCUUUCUUCGCUUUGGGAAACUCAAACGCCAUAUCUUCCGUAGAUCUUAGUAACGCUUAUAAUGGAGUUUCGGGCUUCAAUGUGGGUGUAGUCGGAAUCCUUACUUUUUUGAGUAACUGGGCCGGACCGGUGUUGUGGACUUCUGGAGGGGUGGGGUUGAUGUGUAGUUGGAUGGGGAGGAAGAUGAAGGAGAAGAAAGCUGCCAAAAAGGACGAGGGUGAUAAUUCAUCCCCUCCUACUUCUUCUUUUUCUUCCUCUUCUUUAGCGGAAGGCACACUAACAGAUACAUACCUUAAUUUCGCGGAACUCACGUCAACUUUCCGCGCGGUGGCUAUGGUGGCGGUAAUGGGAGCAUGCAUGGUGUUAAGAAUGCAUCUAUUCGUUUGGACUGUUUUUUCGCCAAAAUACUUGUUUGCGAUGGUGUGGACGUGUGUUCAUCAUAUUAUCGUGGAUUUGAUGAUUAUGGCGGCGUUACAUUAUACUGGAAGAUAA